UACCAUACUAGCUGUCUUUUACGACAUUCACGUCUGCCCAUGUGCUGAUGCAACCGGUCUGUUAGACUUGGACUUAGUCGUUAGUAUAUAAAUACCUGGUUUGAGCGUAAUACUUGCAUCAUUAUUCAUUAAUUGUUGAUAGUAUCAUGACUGAGGUAUCAGACGAAGUACAAAAGAUGAGUCUAGGUGAAAUAUACACGUCCGACAGCACUGGAUCAGAUGAAACUGGUGAUGGGACAGCAGAAAAGCCUUUCAAAUCUGUCCUUCAGGCAAUGAAGCAUGCAGGGAAAGAGCCUUUUCCAACCAUAUAUGUUGAUGGGAAAGAAGAAGGCAAG